GUAAUUUUUCGAUAAAAGUCGAGAUAAAUAUAAGAUGGAGUCCCUAUUUUAGCUGCAUACUUACUGAUAUGGCAAUUAUCGGUGCGUUGCAUUUAAACAAUAAUAUAUAUUUUACGUUCGACGAGUGUUUUUAAUGUUCGUUACGUUUGUUUUGUGAGAAAUCGUUUUGGGUGUCGUUUAAAGCAGAACAAUGCGCGAAUUUAAGGUAGUUGUUCUCGGUUCGGGUGGGGUUGGCAAAAGUGCGCUGACUGUGCAAUUUGUUUCGGGCUGUUUUAUGGAAAAAUAUGAUCCCACAAUCGAAGAUUUUUAUCGAAAAGAGAUCGAGGUGGAUAACUCGCCUUGCGUCUUGGAAAUUCUCGACACGGCAGGUACGGAACAGUUCGCCAGCAUGCGCGAUCUUUAUAUUAAAAAUGGACAGGGGUUUGUAGUGGUUUACAGUCUGACUAAUCAUCAGACAUUUCAAGAUAUACGUAGUAUGAAGGAAUUGAUUACUAGAGUAAAAGGUACCGAGCGUGUACCAAUUUUACUUGUUGCUAAUAAGGUCGAUUUGGAGCAUCAGCGCGAGGUAACAACCGACGAAGGUGACGGUCUUGCAAAACAGUGGGACUGUCCGUUUGUGGAAGCUAGCGCGAAAAAUAGGACCAAUGUUAAUGAAGUAUUUGCAGAAAUCGUUCGCGAAAUGAACUUUAGUCCUGAAAAAGAAAAAAAAAGCUACUGUUGUUGUACCGUGCUUUAAUAUCGGCCUCAUUAUGACUAAUUACGGGAACAAUAUAUAUUUUGGGUAGCACAAUGUUUGUGUAAACUGCUACCGAAUAACUUCAUGUUUGUGUCUCCGCAAAUUGGAGGCCAGAUAUUUUUAUUAAUGCUCAUUAUGAUACGUUGUCGUCGUUGUCAUAAAAGGCUUGUACUGCACAUUACGUAUAUUUUUAUACAGUGAACAAACUUGAUGCAAACAUUGUAGGGAUAUUUUUAUUUACAUACACAUUUUUAAAGCAAAUCAUAUCUAUAAGGUUAAUAUGUACACAUUCGAUAGUGCCUGAAAUAAUGUUUUUUACACAUGAAUGCAUGAAGGGGCAUGGGUGCUAUAUGGCCUAAGAUCGUCUUUUUAUCUAACGUAGACAAAGUCAUAACUUAGCAUGACUGGCCUACUUGUCGGAAUAUCAUAUCUGCAUUAGUGUAUUGUACAUUGUUAUAAACAGCUCAUCCAUGUAAAUAAACUUACCAUAAAUUUUAUCAAAUGUAUGUUUUUGUAAAAAGGGCUGAAUCCAUGUGUGUGUUUGAUGAAUGCGAAUGCGGGAGUGUCUACUUAUAGUUGUUUAUCCAGUAAUUAAAAAUGUUAAUAGUUAUCGUGAAUGUUAAGACGCCAAAAAGGAUUUGUGAUACAUAGCUAUUAUAAUAAAUACCUUUUAAGUGGAUCUGAUUAUUUUCGUUUUAUUUAGCAGCUGCGUUCUCCAACUUAAAUGUUAUCAAUGGUAUUUGUACAUUCAGAUAUUCAUAUUUACAUAAAUUCCCAAAAUUCAUGUUUACUAUCAUAGCAAUAGGCUUGUAUUAUUAUUAGGAUAUAUCUAUAUUUUUAAUAAAUGUUUUUCUGUAA